GCGGGCUGGGCUGUGGGUUCCGCAGCGACCUUGCGCUCCUUGUCUGCUUGGAGUGUGACGACGCCCGCCGGAAUAUUCGCAGGGCCCUGCUUAGGCUGGCGCCCCGCCUUGCCCACCUAGUUCCCACGGGAGAGCACCUGAAGACGCUGAAGGGGAGACAGAGGCGGCCUGUGACCGCGGUCCACCUGCAGAUUGUUAAAGUUUUUACACAGUACACACAGCUGUGCACACCUGACCGGGUGUGUGAAGUCACCUGGGCACCGCUGGGAGGACGUGGAGGCUGCUGAACGCCAGACCCCAGGACACAGGGUGGACGAUGGCGUUCGUGAAGAGCGGGUGGCUGCUGCGGCAGAGCACUAUACUGAAGCGCUGGAAGAGGAACUGGUUCGACCUCUGGUCCGACGGCCACCUGGUCUAUUACAGCGACCAGACCCGGCAGAGCAUGGAGGACAAGGUGCACCUGCCGGUGGACUGCAUCAACCUGCGCGUGGGACUCCAGUGCCGCGACACUCAGCCUCCAGACGGGAAGCCCCGGGACUGCAUGCUGCAGAUUGUUUGCCGGGACGGGAGGACCGUCAGUGUCUGUGCGGAGAGCCCGGACGACUGUCUGGCCUGGAAGUUUAUGCUCCAGGACUGCAGGACAAACUCGGCUUACCUUGGCUCGGAAGUCGUCUACGACAGCCCCGCGGUGGCCGCCCCGCCUCCUCCAUACAUGGCCUACGCCGCUCCGGGCCCCGAGGCCUACGGCUACUGCCCCUACGGCGCCGCGUACGCGCCGGGCACGCAGGUCGCGCCGGGCACGCAGGUCGUCUACGCCGCCGACGGGCGGGCCUACGCGGUCCCCUGCCAGUACCCCUACGCAGGGCUCUCCGGGCAGCAGCCCGCCCGCCACGUCAUCGUCCGGGAGCGGCACCCAGGCGACGACGGCGACCUGGCCCUGGGCAUGCUCGCUGGGGCUGCCACGGGCAUGGCCCUUGGGUCCCUGUUCUGGGUCUUUUAGGGCCUGGUGCCGGACGUGCAGGCCACAGACGCCCCUGCGCAGUCCCGUCACUGGUUUAGUGCCUGGUGACUGUCCUCAGUGAUCACUUCUAUCGUUCUUUCAAAAGUAGUGAUGUCAUAGCUCUAACUCAUCCACACUCAUCCAUGUAAGAACUGCAGAGAGCGCUGUUCAGCCAACACCUGGACUCUCUGGGGCGCCAGCUCGUUCUGGGGGCCCCUCCUGGAGCUCCCAGGGGCAUCUCUGGAACACAGCCACUGGGCACGCAUUGAAGGGCGGCGUGGCCCACUGGGAAUCGUGGUCCAGGGCCGUGCUGGCGACAAGGCACGAGCAAGGGAGAGCCUGGCAGGAAAACUCACUACAGCUGCUUGUGGUUUAAGGUCGAACUUUCAAACCUCAGGGCCAGAGUGGCCACGUUCCUCCCAGAGCUGCGGGCUGGUGAGCGGCCAGGGAAUGUCCCCGAGGCUGUGUGUGACGGCCCACGGUAGCUGGGGCUUGCAGGCCUCCAGCAAGGCCGACUGCUCAGGGCGGUGGCCGGGAGGGGCAGUCCCUGCUUUCAAAAUGAAGGAGCUUCUUGGGUUUGGUGUCUCGUGUGUUUUUGGUAGUGAUCUUUGGAAAACGUAACAUUUGCGGUCGACCUGACCCUCCAAGUUUCAGGGCUUUAUCCUUUAAUACUUGAAGAAGGCAGAACAGUUGCGGAUACGUGGGUGAAGGCAGAUUCCCUUGGCUCGGAGCGCCGUGUUUCAGUGUGGGCGUGGUGCGUUUUCACUGCCGCCACCGCCUGCUCUCCUUUCUCUGCUUGUUGAGAAGGGACUAGUGACAGGGCGGCGAGGACGGGGUGGGAGCCCCGUGUGGGGUUGCCUCUGGAGGCUGUUCUGCAGCAGGUGUCCCUGAGGACGGGGCAGGGGCGUGCAGCUCAGGUAGGGGGCCUGAGGAUGGGCGUGACGUGCGCCAGGCCCACCCCGGCCAGGACACCAGCCUGGUGCUGACUCCUGACGGCCGUGUGAGCUCUGCAACACCCAGGUAAAUUCUUUAACUACGUGAAUCAUUAAAGCUCCUCAUCAUUCCGUCUUUCUGUCCUGCGUGCUUGGAAAAUGGCCCCUCACAAGUGCAGUUCAGGCCACUGAAGGCCCCGCCCCGCCCCUCCCCGUCGCCCUCGUGCCCGUAACGCACAUCCCUGACCGGCAGACUGCUGUGGCCGCGGAGGGACUGCCUCCACUGCUGGGGCUGAUGGAAACGGGGUGUCCUGUGCACCCCGAGGGCACUGCAGACCUGCUCCCCGCCAGUGCGUGUGCUCGCUGACACUGGAGAGUCUGCAGGGUCUGAUUCCAGUCGAGGGGAGGUGAACCUGACCAUCUCUGGAUGUUGGACACGGUGCAGAAUUGCCAAACGUGCUGUGCACCACCACUGGUCUGGACAGUGGGAAGUGUUGCUUUUGUGACCUCACACCCUGUCAGUAGAAUGGCUUUUCCUGAUGUUGUUUCCCUGACUUAUGGAAAUUAAACAGUUUUGAAUGUUGCCUUGGGGUGUUCAUUUUGAACUUGGAGUUCCUAGAACUGGAGUGCUGGUCCCUGAAAUGAAGAGUGUGUCUCCCCGGCUCCCUGCUGCUCUCUGACGGGAGGGACGGAGCUGUGGGCUGAAGCUCCUGUACGUGUGAGCCCCCACCCCCGACCCCACUGGGGACACGCCCAUGGGCAGCCUCAGAACUCGUAGUCACUAGUUACUCGAUGCUGACAGGAAGCAGAGGGUGUGGGGACGGGCCUGGUGCCGAUCCCUGGCCCCGUGUUCAGUAGGUGCCAGUCUUGCUUAUCGCUUCAUUAGGGAACCCUCAGUCCGGCCGCUCGUGCGGGCGGAGUGAGCGCUUUCUCUGCUGUGCACUUUAAACACUGCACCUGCAAGAAACUGGCCUGGACUUUGUACACGCCAGGCUGGCUGUGUGGUGGCUCUUCUGUUAACUAACUUCAGGGGCUCAGACGUAAAGAGAAGGGACAGGCUGGUGGCCGUUGUCCAGACCGUCAUCUGCAGGACUGGCCAGACCAGGGCCCAAGCGCUGGGUCAGCAGGAGGAGGUCCUGUCGUAGAGACGGGGUGGCCCAAGAUGAUCUUCUGUGCUGUCUGUGGUCCUGGGUCACCCUCCUCCUCCUCCCUGAGCUCGCACACCCAAGGCAGGGGUGCAGCCCUGCCCUGACCAGUGCGUGUGUCUGGCUGCUUCCCUGUCUCCAGGGCUGUGUCCGAUGACCCAUUUCCCCUGCAUUGUGCAAACUGUAUUUACAGGUGGGAAUGACCGCACAUUAAACAGUGUUAACCCUGA